CCCUUCUUAUACUCUACUCUACUCCCUCUCUCGCUCGCGCGCCUCUUCAAGAUCCACCAUUCCUCUUCCCCAAGCAAGCCCUAGAUUGCGCACUUGGGAGGAGGAGAGACAAAGUAGAGAGAGAAACUGAAUACAUUCUCUCUCUCGAUCUCACCUUCCUUACUAUCUCCGCAAAAUACCUCGCCGAUCCGAGCCAAAUCCAGCUUUUCUGAAGAUCGAUCAGUGAUGGCGGCAGCGGCGGUGCAGCAACCGGUCUCUGCUCAAGUUGUUGGGAAUGCCUUUGUCCAACAGUACUAUCAGAUAUUGCACCACUCGCCGGGGCUCGUUUAUCGAUUUUAUCAGGAUUUCAGUAAGCUUGGUCGGCCGGAGGAUGAUGGCUCCAUGAGCAUCACAACUACAAUGCAAGCUAUCAAUGAUAAGAUACUAUCACUUAACUAUGACGACUUCAGGGCAGAAAUCAAAUCUGUGGAUGCACAAGAAUCUUUUAAUGGUGGAGUCCAUGUCCUUGUAACUGGGUAUCUGACUGGAAAGGAUAAUUUGAUUCGCAAUUUCACCCAGAGUUUCUUCCUUGCCCCCCAAGACAGAGGAUACUUUGUGUUGAAUGACAUGUUCCGUUAUGUGGAGAAUUUAAAUGAGGGUUUGGCUGUUGAUGUGGUGGUCUCUGUAACUCCUGAGCAAAAUCCUUCCCCUGUCGAAGAGAAUGAUGUUCCCGAUCAGACUGCUGUAUUGGUUGAGGAGGCCAAUGGGGAAGAAGUGUAUGAUCCCCCCAGUAAUGGAGAGGUGUCACCCGUGGAAGAGGAGGUGCCAAUAGCUGAGGUGGUGGAUGAAGUACAGGAUGAUUCACAGAUAGUGGUUGAAUCUAGCACCAAAAUUGAAGAAGUGCCAAAGAAGUCUUAUGCUUCGAUUGUUAAGGAUUUGAAGGAGAGGGAUGUGCCCUUUUCAUUUCCGGCAUUGGCUUCUCGUAAAUCUCCAACAAAGAGCCAGGAGCAGCAAGUGAACCCUUCCACUCCUCCAGCCUUAGCAGCUAAAGCACCAAUUUCCAGUUCAGAUGCUGUCGAUAAUGGGAAUGAGGGAGAAGCUGAUGGUUACUCAAUCUACGUAAGGGGUCUGCCUAUGAAUGCUACAGCUGCCUUACUUGAGAAUGAGUUCAAGAAAUUUGGACCUAUUAGGAGUAAUGGAAUUCAAGUUAGAAACAACAGACAACAAGGAUUUUGUUUUGGCUUUGUUGAAUUUAAGGUGGCAAGUGCUGUGGAAAAGGCAAUUGAGGUUUCACCUAUUACAAUCAAUGGGCGGCAAGUUGUUGUUGAGGAAAAGAGGUCUACCUUGCGAGGGAAUAGUAGGGGCAGGUUCCCUCCUGGAAGAGGUUUUGGAUUCAGGAAUGAUGGAGCGAGAUGGCGUGGAAACUAUGGAGGUGGAAGAGGCUACAAUCGAGGUGAUUAUGGUGGAAGGAAUGAGUUUGGGAACAGGGGUAACAAUCGGGGAGGAUUUUCAAACCGUGGAGGUGAAGAAUAUCAGUGGACUGACAGCAUGGGGAGUAAUGGUGGAACUGCAAAAAAUGUGGCACCAAGGGUAUUUGCUUCUUUUUAGAGGGUGAUUUUAGUAGGUUUUCUUUUAUGAUUGGAUCUCAUUUAGGUUGGCAGCUUCUGAUCAUUAUGGAUGGGCUGUCUGAAAUUUUCUUAGGCAUUUUUCUUACAUUUUUACCCCACGUGGGUGCCGUUAUAGGUGGUGGAUAGUAGAUGAGUGAAACAGCCUUUUGUUAUGUAGCAUCCUGUAUUGAAAGCAAGAGCAUCCAGGGAAGUCACGUGGUCAUUUGUAGGAGUUUUGUAUUUGGUAUAUUUUUGGAGACUUGUAGUUCUUUGGUACGCUGUGGAAAUGAAAUUGGCUGGUUUUACUAUCGACCGGUGUGAAUCACAACGAGAAUGAGAAAAUGUGAGAG